AUGUUUUUUAGUUCUGCUUUCAAAAGAUUCUCGAGAAGGCAAUUCUCAAACAACGUCCACUUCUUUUCGAGAAGGCAAGCCAGCUACUACUACUUUGAUAAGCCUAGAAGUACCACUCAGGGCCUGUUUUUGACUCCUCAGCAUAAGAAAUUCUUGACUUAUGCAGGCAUUAUUCUUGGUGUCAUUGUCGUCUCACAUAUAGAGGAGGCUCCAGUCACCCAUCGGAAGAGAUUAAUGCUAUGUCCUCAGUGGUUGGAAGACGAUUUGGGUAAGAUUUCUUACAGAUCUAUCAUGGCACAGUAUGGUAGAUACGUUCUACCAGAUAACAAUUCAACUGCUAUCAGGGUUCGUAAAGUUAUGAGUCGAUUGAUUCAUGCUGCAGAAAAUUAUCGAGACCCAGAAACGGGACAACCCCAAAACUUAUUUACAAGCAUGGGUGGUAAGUCUAUCCCUUUUAAUGAAUGGAAGAUCCAUGUUAUAGACGACGUGGCGAUGCGGCAAGAGACACCAAAUGCUUUUGUCAUAGGUGAUGGUAAGGUUUUCGUUUUUAGAUCUAUUCUUCCUCUAUGCAGAGAUGACGACGGUUUGGCAACUGUUCUUGCUCACGAGUUGGGCCAUCAAUUGGCCCACCACAUAGGUGAAAAGCUUACAAAAUCCCCUUUGUAUGUGUCACUGGUGAUUUUAUCCUAUGCUCUUAUUGGAUCCAACAAUAUUGGAAAUCUUGCUGUUAGUCUUGGAUUGGAAAAACCUGCUUCCAGAAAUAUGGAAACUGAAGCAGACUAUAUUGGUUUGAUGCUUAUGUCAACUGCCUGCUUUAAUCCUCACGAGGCGCCAGAUUUCUGGGCUAGAAUGAUCUCCUUUGAAAGCAAAAUGGGUGGAUCUAUUCCUGAACUCAUCAGCACCCAUCCCUCUUCUCAGAGAAGAAACGUGAAUUUGAAGGAAUGGAUGCCAAGGGCCAAAAGACAGUACGAACUGGCGGGAUGUGGAAAUUUUGCUCAAAGGUUCAAGUCAUUCUCUCUGUUUUAG